AUGGGUGAUUCAAUGAAGAAAAUUGAGACUCUAGUGGGCCAAUUAGCUAUUGCUGUGAAUUCUAAUCAGAAGGGAAAUUUUCCUAGUGACACUGUGCGCCAUCUUCAGAAAAAGUUGCCUCAAAAGGUGAAAGACCCUAGAAAAUUUACUAUACCAUGCACUAUUGGAGGGUCAUCCUUUGACAAGGCAUUAUGUGAUCUUGGAGCGAGUAUUAAUUUGAUGCCACUUUCAAUUUUUAAGAAGUUGGGGGUAGGAGAGGUGAAACCCACAACCAUUACUCUUCAAUUAGCAGAUCAUUCACUUACUUAUCCUAGGGGAGUGAUUGAAGAUGUAUUGGUUAAGGUGGACAAAUUUAUUUUUCCCACUAAUUUCGUGGUAUUGGAUAUGGAGGAGGACCAUGAAAUUUCCAUAAUUCUUGGUCGUCCAUUUUUGGCUACUGGAAGAGCUCUUAUUGAUGUACAGGGUGGUCAUCUGACACUGAGGGUUAAUAAUGAAGUUGUUAAAUUCAACAUAUAUCAAGCACUAAAGCAACAUGACAACACAAGCACCUGCCAUCGUGUGGAUUCUAUCGAGGUAUUAUUAGAAGAGACAAUGAGAAAAGAAUUAUGUGUUGAACCUCUACAACAUUUUCUUAAUUCUAGUAUUACUCAAUUUGAUUUGGAGAAGGAGAAUGGUGAGUUUGUGGGAGACAAAGUGGCUGAAUUUUUGAUGGCUCUUAGUGCUAUUCCAAGUGCUAGUGGUGUUAAUGUUAAAGAAACUCUUUGUCAAGCUAAAGAAGGUGAAGUUGAGAGGGAAGUGGUGGGUAAGCAAGAUUUGAAACAACUCCCAGAUCAUUUGCGCUAUGAGUAUCUUGGAGAGAAUUUCACUUGCCCAAUGAUCAUUUCAUCAAAACUCUCGGAAUGUGAAAUUGAAAAACUAUUAAGGGUUUUGAGGAAAUAUAAAUCUGCAAUAGGAUGGGCAAUUUCAGAUCUGAAGGGAAUAAGCCCAACUGUUUGUAUGCACAAGAUUCUAUUUGAAGAGAAUUACAAGCCCUCCAUUGAGCAUUAA